AUGGAGGGUCAAGAUAAUGGAGAUGAGCUCUAUCCCAUCGCCGUGCUGAUCGACGAACUCAAGCACGACGAUGUUCUUCUCCGACUCAACGCUAUCCACAGACUUUCUACCAUUGCACUUGCUCUCGGCCCUGAGCGAACACGAGACGAACUGAUACCCUUUUUGGACGACUCCGUGGAAGAUGAAGACGAAGUCCUCACUGCACUCGCUGAAGAACUAGGAAACUUCAUCGAGUACGUCGGAGGCCCCGAAUAUGGUCACGUGCUCCUUGCGCCGCUGGAGAAUCUGGCUGCAAUCGAGGAGCCUUUGGUGCGGGAUAAGGCCGUUGAAUCUCUGAAUAAGAUCUGCAAUGAGCUAUCAGAGCGGCAAGUUGAAGAGUACUUCAUUCCCCUCACGAUUCGCCUGUCGAAGGCCGACUGGUUCACCUCCAAAAUAUCCGCAACCGGCUUGUACACAACUCCCUACCGAAAAGCGUCCCAAUCCUCCCAGCAAGUCCUUCGGACUCAAUUUGGCCAUCUUGUUCACGAUGAGACACCCAUGGUACGACGACAAGCCGCAAACAACCUGGCCAAGUUUGUGAAAGAAGUCCCAGUUUCAGUUGUGAUCGAUGAGAUGAUUCCUCUAUUUCAACAUCUGGCCGGUGAUGAUCAAGAUAGUGUCCGAUUGCUCACGGUUGAAGUCCUCAUCUCUAUUGCAGAAGUCAUUCCCAAGGAACAGCAACCGAGCCAUGGCGUUCUCUUGACCGCGUUGAGGAGCCUAUUCGAGGACAAGAGCUGGAGGGUACGAUACAUGGUGGCAGAGAAAUUCGAAAAGAUAGCGAAAGCUGUCAAUGAAGAGGUUGUCACCCGAGACCUGGUCCCAGCAUUCGUCAAGCUGCUGAAGGAUAGUGAAGCCGAAGUCAGAACGGCCAUCGCAAGCCAAAUUCCGGGCUUCUGUGGUCUGCUUGACCGAGAAACCCUCCUCAACGAAAUCAUGACAUCAAUCGAAGACCUUGUCUCUGACCCCAAUCAACACGUUCGAGCCGCCCUUGGAACCCAACUCAGCGGACUGGCCCCAAUUCUGGGUAAAGAAGAGACCAUCUCUCAUCUCCUCCCCAUGUUUCUCCAAAUGCUCAAGGACGAGUUUCCUGACGUGAGACUGCACAUCAUCUCCAAACUUGAGCUCGUCAACAACGUUAUCGGCAUUGACUUGCUUUCUCAAUCGCUCCUGCCAGCUAUCGUUCAGCUUGCGGAAGACAAGCAAUGGCGUGUGCGCCUUGCCAUCAUUGAGUACAUCCCCUUGCUGGCAAAGCAACUGGGCAUGAAGUUCUUCGACGAUCAAUUGAGUUCGCUGUGCAUGGGCUGGUUGGGCGACACGGUGUUUUCCAUUCGUGACGCUGCAACGCAGAACCUGAAGAAGCUCACAGAAGUGUUUGGCGUGGAAUGGGCAAAUCGAUCCAUCAUUCCCAAGGUCACAGCCAUGAGUCAACAACCGAAUUAUCUUUACAGGAUGACGACAUGCUUUGCCAUCACGACCCUCGCACCAGUGAUAACCCUCGACAUCAUAGCUGAUAGCGUCCUCCCCAUGAUGGACCGUCUCGUCUCCGACCCAAUACCAAACAUUCGCUUCAACGUUGCCAAAUCCUACGCCGUUCUUAUCGACACGCUCCGCCGCCUACCCGCUGAAGGAACACUACAACAACUCGAACAACAAUCGAAUUCAUCAGCGCAGCCGAGUCCCCGAGGGCAAGAGCUGAUUGGGCAGAUCAUGUCAAAUUUGGAGAAACUACAGCACGACGAAGAUGUGGACGUGAGGUAUUUCGCAACUGUAGCGGCGGGCGGAACGGCCAACGUAUAUGCGCAGCAGUCAGGGGAGAGGAUGGAUACCGGACAGUAG